AUGUAUGGUACAUUUUUGAAGGGGUCCAUUUUUUACCUGUGUAUAUUUUUCCCAUUUUUUUCGUGUGAGUGUAAUAAUAUAAAAUUAAACGAUAAAGAGAAUAUAAAUUUUGAGAGUUAUUUUAAUAAAAAGACAAAUGAAGAAAAUGUAUUAAAUAAAAGGAUAUCGAAAGAAAUGGGGGAUACGUUUGUUGCACAUAAAGCUAUAGAAUUAAACAUUAAUCAUCACCACGUUAAUAAUGAUAAAGAAUUUAAUAAUAAUAAGCAUCAGCCUUAUUAUCAUAAUGGGCAUGAUAAGAAAUUUUCUGAAAGUUUAAGAGCACAUAUGGAUCACCUUAAGAUAUUAAAUAAUGAUUUAAAAGAACAUAUAGAUAAAAAAGAGAGAAAUGAAAUAUAUGAAAAUAAUGAUUUAAAAAAAUAUAUAAUAAAAGAGAUACAAAAUAAUAAAUAUUUAAAUAAAGAGAAGAAAAGCAGUGAAGAUAUUCAAAUAUUAGAAGAGCAUUCAAAAAAAUUACAAAAAGAAAUUCAUGAAUGGUUAGAGUCUGUUAAUAAUAUUGAAGAGAAAUCAAAUAUUUUAAAAAAUAUUAAAAGCCAAUUAUUAAAUAAUAUAGCUUCUUUAAAUCAUACACUCUCAGAAGAAAUAAAAAAUAUUAACGAUAUAAAAGAAUUACAAAAACAACAAAAUGAUUUAUUUUCUGAAAAUUUGUUAUAUUUUCUUCCAUCUUCAUCAGAUUAUCUCUUAAACGAAAAAAAAAAAAAUUUAUAUGAUAACCAAGAGAACAGCAUGAAGGAUGAUAUAAAUAAUAAUGACAAAUAUAAUAUUUUCAAUUAUUUACAAAACGUUCAAGAUAAAGAUAAGCAAUAUGAAGUUAUAAAACAAGACAAUAAUAAUAUACAUAGUGGUUACUCUACUCAUAAUCAUCUAUUAUUAACUUGUAUAAUUUUUUUGUUAAUACUUUUAAUUUUAUAA